GCAAGGAUAUAUACACACACACGCACACAUACAAAACCGCACACACUCGUUCUCCCUGAGUUGCACACACACACACACACACACACACAUCGCCUCACACGCGUACGGCGCUGUCCGCGAGAACCAGCUGGAGAAAGCCCAUCUCGCACGCUCAGAGAGAGAGGGAGAGGAACAGAGGACAGGAGCGAGCGAGCGAGACAAAGGAAGGCUGGGACGGAAGGAAAAACGGAGCGAAUAGAAGCGCAGCCGGCUCCGGGAGAGGCUAACGACACGGAGAGAAGACAAGAGAGGAGGAGGACCAGGAGGGUGGAUCAGGAAGCAGGCUGGUGGCUCUCUCUUGUAGGCAGUGGAGCACAGUGAAGGCAUUAUGGGAAAUGCACCAUCCCAAGGCAUUGUUGGGGCCUGCUUUCCGAAGCAAGACCCGGAGCGUGGCGGAGGUCACAUGAUCUCCACUGAUGACCUGGAAUACCCGCGUGAAUAUCGCACACUGGGCAACAGCGCGCGGCGCUUCUCCAAUGUGGGGCUGGUCCACACCUCUGAGCACCGGCACACGGUCAUCGCCGCCCAGAGCCUGGAGGCCCUCACCAACCUGCACAAGGCCGACAUGGAACGCAAGCGGGAUGCCUUCAUGGACCACCUGAAGAACAAGUACCCUCCCCAGCACUCCCUACCACCCUCUCCAUCCCCCUCGCAUGGCAGCAUGAGGAGCACUGCAGAGAGAAGCGCACGUGAGCAGCAACAGCCAAACUACUGGAGCUUUAAGAGCCGUAGUCCGCGUCACUCCCAGUCCACUCAGUCAGGUUUGGCAGACCAGGCGUCUAAACUGUCCUUCGCAUCUGCUGAGUCUCUGGAGACCAUGUCUGAGGCCGACAUGCCGCUGGGCUUCAACCGCAUGAACCGUUUCCGUCAGAGCCUCCCACUCUCCCGCUCUGCAAGCCAGAAUAAACUACGCUCUCCAGGUGUCCUUUUCCUUCAGUUUGGAGAUGAGACCAGACGUGUUCACAUCACUCACGAGCUCAACAGUUUGGAGACCUUGCACGCACUUAUUGUGCACAUGUUCCCUCAGAAGCUGACUGCGGGAAUGCUGAAGUCCCCAAACACAGCCAUCUUGAUCAAAGACGAAGCAAGGAACGUCUUCUACGAGCUGGAGGACGUGAGGGACAUACAGGACCGCAGUAUCAUCAAAAUCUAUCGCAAAGAGCCCAUCUAUGCCUCCUAUCCUGCUGCACAUCUGGCCAACGGAGACCUCAGGAGAGAGAUGGUAUACUCAUCCCGAGACUCGUCUCCUAACCAUCGCAUCAACACUCUCCCUUCCUCCACUGCCUCACCCUCCUCCAGCUCUCCUUCUCGAUCUCGUCUCUCUUACAGUGGAGGUAGGACCCCCUCUUUCACUGGUCCGGGUCACCCUCACCCACAGGGUCCCCAGCAUCCGUCCCACUCCCACCACCCUUCGCCCUCUCAUGGACAGGCUCAAGGCUUAAACCCCUCCUCCUCUUCCAUCCUGGAGCGGCGUGAUGUCAAACCCGACGAGGAGAUGUCUGGUAAAGGCAUGGUCCUCCUAAAGAAUGAAGGUCUUUAUGCCGAUCCGUACAGCUUGAUGCAUGAGGGUAGGCUUAGUAUGGCUUCUACUCAGUCCCUGGCCACCAUCGCAGACCCCUAUGGCUUCCCGGUGUCAGGAGGUCUGUACCGUCGAGGUUCAGUGCGGUCUCUCAGUACAUACUCAGCUGCAGCGCUGCAAAGCGACCUGGAGGACAGCCUGUAUAAGCCUGGAGGUUCUCUAUACUCCGACACCUACAGCAGCUCCACGCUCGGCAUGGGCUUUCGUCUGCCGCCCUCCUCCCCGCAGAAGAUUCCCGACAUGCAGCUGAGGGACCGGGAUUCAUUCACUGGGUCUUCCAGCCGAGGGUCGCCUGUGAGAACUACCUUCCGCAAAGACUCCGCUUCCUCCUCGGUGUUUGUGGAGAGUCCGAAGUCCAGACCCAGCUCCAGUUCUGAACCCCUAGGAGAUGGGAGUAAGGGACCUGGAUUUGGGUCAUCAUUAUCUGGGGGCGAGACGGACACACGCAGGGAUCGUAUGGAGGCAAUGGAGAAGCAGAUAGCCAGUCUGACUGGACUGGUUCAGAGCGUCCUAACCCGAGCCCCAGACAGUGACAGCACAUGCGGCCUGCUGCGUCUCUGCAUGAUGGCGGGCUGCCCUCCGGACCAAGGGGCGGACUUUUCACGGCCCUUCCCUUUCUCUUCCAGCGAGAAGACCGAAUCCACCAGUGAUGGCUCCGCCACAGGAACUGGCCGGCUGAAGAAGAAAGCACUGACUCCAUCUGCCCCGCUGGCACUGAUGCCUCCACCUCCAUCCGGAGGCUCUCAGGCCUCCACCGUCUCCAGGCUACAGAUGCAGCUUCACCUUCACGACCUUCAACAGAACGCCACCGAUCUGCGCAAGCAGCUCGCACAGCUCCGUAAAAUGCAGUUGCAGAACCAGGACUCCAUACGCAGUCUACUGAAGAGGACCGAGACAGAGCUGAGUCUGCGUCUAUCAGAUGCGCUGAGGAAACAGGAAGACCCUCUCCAGAGACAGCGCCUCCUAGUGGAAGAGGAGAGACUAAAAUACCUGAACGAGGAGGAACUCAUCAUUCAGCAACUGCAUGAUCUGGAAAGGUCCGUGGAUGAAAUCCAGAAGGAGAUGUCUGUCAAUCACCGACAUGUGACAGUGCAGGAGCUGGAGGAGAAAAGCUCACUGCUGAGGAAACUGGGAGAGACUCUCACCGAGCUGAAGAAUCAGUUCCCGGGGCUCCAGAGUAAAAUGCGAGUGGUGUUGCGAGUGGAAGUGGAAGCUGUGAAAUUCCUGAAAGAGGAGCCGCACAGACUGGACGCCCUGCUUAAACGCUGCAGAUCCAUCACAGACACUCUCUCCACGCUGAGGAGGCAGAUGAAUGAAGGAGUGUGGAAAACCCAGGAUGAGUAUUCCAGCCCCUCUCCUAAACUCGGAGGAGGGGACGAGUACAGGAAGAACACAGACUUUGAUAUUCCAACCAGUCCACCGCUGAACCUCAAUGAGACCAGCCUGGCUAACUGGAGCCCACACUCUGGUCAAGGCCACGGCCACUCGAACCCUUCUAGUGCACAGCGUGAGAAGGAUGCUCAUGGGAUGGUGAGCUCGUUGAAGGGGCGGGAGCUGGGCGAGCUGGGAGGUCGAGGAGGGUCCGAGAAGGCCUCAUCCGUGGAAGUGAGACUGGCAGCAGAGCGGGACUGGGAAGAGAAGAGAGCCAGUCUAACACAGUACAGCGCUCAGGACAUUAAUCGACUGUUGGAGGAGACUCAGGCCGAGCUCAUGAAGGCCAUUCCUGACUUGGACUUUGCUGCCAAGCAGAUCAAACCUGCUCAGAACCAGAUUCAAAACCAAAACCAGAGCCAGAGUCCAUCUAGCACCAAUGCCACACCUGAACACAAGCCUAAUAAGCCUCAGAAUAAACUUUCCAGUAAAGACAGCGGAUCCAGACGAGGCUCGGAUGAGCUGACGGUGGCGAGGUAUCGCACGGAGAAGCCCUCGAAAUCCCCCCCUCCUCCACCUCCCCGCCGGAGUUUCCCUUCCUCCCCUGGCCUGACUACACGCAGCGGAGAGAUGAUCAUUCCUGGGAAGAGUAUAAAGAAAUCAGAAUCAGAGGAGACUGAGUCUCAGAAGCCACACGUUAAGCUGAGGAGGAGUAUAUCUGAAGUCCCCCGACCAGCCUCUACCCCUCCGACCAUCGCUGGUGGAGAGCGAGAGGAGGGCAACGAGGAGAAUUUAGCAGCUGAGCUGGAGCAGUUGAUUGCAUCUAAGGGUGGUGAUGACCACUCCAGUGAUUUUACUGAGAAAUCACAGAUGCAGCACGGGAUGUCCUCCACUCCAGUUCCCCAGAUAGUCUUAACUGAGUGUAACUCUCUCCCCAUGUCCCCCUCUGAGGACUCAGCAGAGACCCGGCACUCUGACAACACACAGACAAUCAAAGACAAUAACAUCAGAGUAAGUUACUUCAGCCACAUUGUGAGGACUCCCCGUCUGCCGCUAUGGAAACAAGACUUGUCAGCCAGCCAAAAAGUCCCUCGAUUACAAGACUUGGAUGCAGCCCAGAGGGAGCUCCAGAGUCCCGUCCAGGAUGUGACCCAGUCGUGUCCGCCCUUAACAAGCGAGAGAGCAAUUAAACAGCCCCUGAGGAGGGAGCCAAGGGUUCAGGAGACUCUCGAGGCGGCGACAGUACAGAAAGAAGAGCGAUUGAGAAAGUCGGACACUACAUUGUCUGCCUCGCCGGGAAACGGACCCGUAGAGACUUCUCAACUGGGUGUGAUCCGCACUCAAGGCGUUGGAGGGGAAAAGGAAGACAUCUGCCACAGCACGUACCGUCGUCUGGACAGUCUGGAGGAAACCAUUCGUGAGCUGGAGCUCAGCCUGAUGGAGUUCAGCACUGAUCCUCACACGGGGAACAUCUUCCCAACAUCCGUCCAGGCGCAGAGUUCCUCCACCAAGAGAUCCGCCAGCACUCGACAUACAGCAGACGGAGGAGACACAAACAAACCCGCUGUCCCACCUAAACCGUCCUGCAUCAGCACAUCCACAUCCAAGACUGGCGGUGGAAAGGCCUUGUCUCGUCUCAAGCACCUGCAGCAGAGCGGAUCAGAAAAGAGCAAAACAAGCAAACAGAGAGAGGACUUCCUUAAGAACCAGGGUCAACAGCAGUGAGCAGAAGCGAGCGACCCAAACCAACCCGACCUGACCGAAGCUUGUCCACCUCCUCUUCUGCCGUGUUCACCACCACUUCUUCAUCAGCAUCUCCUGAUUGAAGCCCACAAUCCUUUACCCAGUUCCUCCAAGUCAAUCCUGUACACUUUUAAGGAAGAAAAAUAUCAUGCAGCUGUCAAUAUUCACCAGAGCCUCAUUCAUUCCUUAGAGAAAGUGUCUUGUGAGAGAGAUUGAUGAUGUAGUGCAGCCAAAGCAAACCGUAAAUGCCUCCAAAAAUGUUCUUAGUUUUACUCUACUCUUCUCUACCCACUCUUCUGUCCUUUAUCUUCCCUACUUUUGCCCUCAACACCCAACCCC